AUGCAAGCGGAUACUAGGGUUGGGGUAGUGGUCGAAAGGGGGAAAAGAGGUAUCAAUUCAAGUCAAGGAGGUGUUGCCGUUGUGGCGGUGUGUAUGAAGUUGGCGCAGCAGCAACGUUCCGACAUUGGGACUAUUUCUCAGCUUCUUGCUGGGGGCGUUGCCGGUGCUCUUAGCAAGACCUGUACAGCGCCGCUUGCUCGACUGACCAUACUCUUUCAGGUUCAAGGUAUGCACUCCAAUGCCGCGUCGUUGAGGAAUGCCAGCAUAUGGAAUGAGGCUUCACGAAUUGUCAACGAAGAGGGAUUUAGAGCUUUCUGGAAAGGAAAUUUAGUUACUAUUGCUCAUCGUCUGCCUUAUUCUUCUGUCAACUUUUAUGCAUAUGAGCACUACAAGAAG